AUGUUAAUAGAUGGACAAAAGGGCAUAUCUGGAAAAGCAAUAGUGCAAGUCAGUGCAAGUAGGUUUCGUCCCAAUCUUGUGGUAUCUGGAGGUAGGCCUUAUGCUGAAGAUGGAUGGAGAUACAUUAGGAUUGGAAAUAAGUCUUUCAGUUCGAUAGGGGGCUGCAAUCGAUGCCAAUUAAUCAACCUUUCCCUGAAUUCGGGACAAGUGCAAAAGUCAAAUGAACCUUUGGCAACUUUAGCAUCCUACAGGAGGGGAAAGAUAUUGUUUGGCAUACUACUGAAACAUGCUUCUAUUGAUGGAGAGCAGCCACAAGGUGAUUCCUGGCUUCAUGUGGGUCAAGAUAUACAUCCCGAUUAG